GGAUAUAAAACCUGAUAAUCUUCUGCUGGAUGCCCGGGGUCACGUGAAACUAUCAGAUUUUGGACUCUGUACAGGACUCAAGAAAUCUCAUAGAACAGAUUUUUACAGAGAUCUCUCUCAGGUUAAACCAUCAGACUUCUCCUCUAAUCCAAUGGAUUCGAAGCGGAAAGCUGAAAGUUGGAAGAGAAAUCGUCGAGCCCUGGCUUACUCAACAGUUGGAACCCCUGACUAUAUUGCCCCUGAAGUAUUCUUACAGACAGGUUAUGAUAAAAGCUGUGAUUGGUGGUCCUUGGGAGUAAUAUUGUUCGAGAUGCUGAUAGGUUGGCCACCAUUCUGUUCAGAAACCCCACAGGAGACUUAUAAGAAGGUUAUGAACUGGAGAGAGAGUUUAGAAUUUCCUCCUGAAGUACCGAUCUCAGAAGCUGCUAAGGCAACUAUUCUAAAGUUCUGUAAAGAUGUGGAUACAAGAAUACGAUCCUUAGAUGAUAUAAAAGCUAUUCCUUGGUUUAAGGGAGUAGAUUGGAACCAUAUAAGAGAAAGACCAGCAGCUAUUGCAGUUGAAGUUAAAUCCAUUGAUGAUACUUCUAAUUUUGAUGAUUUCCCUGAUGUAGAUCUAAAAAUACCCGGUCCCCCGAGCCCUGAUUCUGGUCAACCAUACAAGGAUUGGGUCUUCAUCAAUUAUACUUUCAAACGAUUUGAAGGUUUAACACAACGUGGACCUCCUCUAGCUAGAGAUGUUGUAAAGCAGAAGUAAACCAUUCAUCCCAUCCAUCCUUCUCCUCUGUCAGAGUUCUAGAGAGAUCAAAAUUUUCAUAAUAGUUGCCUUAAACAAUACCUACAAGUUUUAUGAAUAAUAGAAAUAUGAAAUAAUAAUUACUUCAUUGGCCUUAGAUGUAUGUAUAUGCUUGAAUCAGGCAUAUUUUAAACACUGCAGGAGUGUAUUAAAUUUAACAAGCUUGUAUUUCCCUGCAGUUUCCCUCCAAUUCGUUAAUUAUAAUUUCCCGCCAAUUUUUUAAACUCGUUUUUCCGCUAUUUUCAAAAUUAAGAUUUCCCGUCUUUUUAAAAUCCCAAUUUUCCCAAUUUUUCCACGUCAUUUUAUCAUAAUGGGAUACAAUAAUUUAAUACAGUCCUGCAGAACUCACAAAGACUGAUUGUUGGGGUUGUAUGAUUGGGAUAGGUUUGGGAAUUAUUCAGUUAGUAUCAUCAACCCUAUCAGAAUUAGAAAUUCUUUAUGUAUAUUGAAAACCAAGGAUUUGUAACAAGAUGACUGGGAAAGUUGGAUAACUUUUCAUACAUCAGAGAAACCAGUUUCCUUGCUUAGGGUCCGGAUCCGCAGGAUUGUAUCUCCAUGGGUCGGGUUUGGAAAUAUUAGAAACUCAUCGGAUCCAAGUGGAAACAUUAAUAUAUUUUUUUUCAAAAAAAAUUAGCAAAACUUCCGCAUAAGACUAAGAAAUGGAUCCUUAGCAUGGAUACCUGGAUACUUACUCUGGUUGUAGCAUGUUUUUUUACCAGGUAACUGGGUUUUGGUAACAACUGCAUUGGCUGGUUUAAUUCCUUGGUUUUGAUUAUAUACAUUAUACAUUAUACAAGUUAUGUUUUGAUUUCCUUCCAUCCUGAUCUAUUCAGUAUUCAUCGUGUUAUGCAGUUUAUAGCUUUGUUUAUUCGAGGAUUCAAAGCAUUACAGCUUUAAUGGUUUACAAGCAGUUAUUUUUUUUAGUUGGUGUUGUCAAGGAUAUAGAUUUAUAGGGUGUUCCAGGACCCGGGAUGUUCUAGAAGUUCUAGAACCUUGAAAAGUGUUCCAGACCCUUGAUGUAUUCCAGGGUCCAUAAAAUAGAUAUUCUAGAGCCCGUAUGGUAGUUACAGUAUAUUAGCCUCUGUGAUAAAAUAUGUUUGGAUAAUAUGUUUGAUAUUAUUUAAUUUAAACAAGACAUAUCAACCCAACUACAAUACUAGAUAUAGAUUCAGAUACAGGGAUACAGAUAUAUUCAUUCAUGGUUAAUUAUAUUCAGGAAUCUUUCUGACCUUUUUUCUUCUUCUGGGGGGUUUUAUUUAUCCUGUAGUCCUGGCUGCAUCUUUGUUACAUAUUUAGAUUUGAUUUUUACCAAUCUGUAAAAAAACCAGUUUUACUGUAAAUUUUUUUAUUUUUUUAAAUCAGCAAAUUUUUUUUGAUAGCCACACUAUCAGUAAAAACCAAUUUUUAAAACUUCUAGGUGGUCUAGUUGUAUUUUUUGGACUUCUCCUGAAGUUUACAAUAAAGAAUAUAUCAAGUUUAGCUGAUAUGACUCAGCACUAGCACGACUUAAGCUUGAAUUUUUUUCAACUUUUAUUUAUGAGUUUGUAAUUUACAUAAAACAUAUGUAUUCCUGUAUCUGCAUGUACUUGUAUCCCCCCUGUGUGUACUGUACUGUUUCUGUACUGUAGUGGUUUUCUAUUCUAAAUUUGAAAUAAAUUCCUUCUGAUCAGAAA